UCGUCGUCCUCCUCCUCCUGCUGCCCAUGAGUAAAGUGUGGCGACGCGGGGGCGCCCGCGGGGGCGUGGACGGGGCCCGGCCCGAUGAGUUUGAGGCUGGCGGCCAUGGCGGCAGCCACAAGAAGAAGCACAAGAAACACAAGAAGAAGCACAAGAAGAAGCAUCACCAGGAGGAGGUGGCGGCGGCGGCGGCGGCAGCGGGCUCGGUUGGGCCCGGGCACGGCUUCCCCAUGGCGUCGCUGGGGGCCAGUCCAGCCAAGCCCCAGCUCAAGCUCAAGAUCAAAUUGGGAGGGCAGAUUCUGGGCACCAAGAGCGUGCCCACCUUCACAGUGAUGCCCGGGGGACCCCGCUCGCCUUCUCCCCUCAACGUCCUGGACGACGAAGAGCCCAUGGAGGGCGUCCCCAUCGAGCAGUAUCGAGCCUGGCUGGACGAGGACAGCAACCUGUCUCCGUCCCCGCUGCGCGAGCUGGCCGGCGAUGAAGAGGAGGAAGAGGAGGAGGAGGAGGAGGAGCGCUGGCUGGAGGCCCUGGAGAAGGGCGAACUGGACGACAACGGCGACCUGAAGAAGGAGAUCGACGAGCGGCUCCUCACCGCCCGGCAGAGGGCCCUGCUGCAGAAGGCGCGGAGCCGGGCGUCGCCCCCGCGGCCCGGCCCGCUGGCCGGGGGUCCCGCGGUCCCCGGGCCGGGCCCGGCGCUGACGGAGGAGAUGCUGCUGAAGCGCGAGGAGCGGGCCCGGAAGCGGCGGCUGCAGGCGGCCCGGCGGGCCGAGGAGCACAAGAACCAGACCAUCGAGCGGCUGACCAAGACCGGGCCGCCGGGGGCCCGCGGCCGGGGGGCGGCCCGCGGCGGGGCGGCCGGGGACCCCACCACCCCGCGCCACCGCGCCCCGGCCCCGGCCCCCACCGUGCGCUACCGCAGCGGGCCCCGCGGGGCCAGCCUGUCCUUCCCGCCCGGGGCGCGGACCCCCGGCCCCCGCGCCCCGGCCCCCGCGCCCCCCGCCGCGACCUGCGCCGUGCCCGGCUGCCCCAACCCGCGCCGCUACGCCUGCGCCCGCACGGGGCGGCCCCUGUGCAGCCUCCAGUGCUACCGCCGAAACCUGCAGCUGUCCGCCGCCUCCUAGGGACCCCGGCCCCGCCACAGACCCUUCCUCACAGGGCGCCCCAUUAAAUAGGAUGCUCCGGGCUCGGCUCGGCUUCGGCUCCACUCGGCUGGGCUCGUCCAGGCUUCGGCUUCGCUCGGCUGGGC